UUAGUAGUUUUCGCGCCGUCGCCCGACGCGGACGCGCGUCCCGCUGCCACACCAGUGCCGAUAUGAGUGACCAGUGAAGUGCAGUGUUCAGUGAAAAGUGACCAGUGACCUACGUUUACAAGCGAGGAGGCAAAUUCGGGAAUAUGAAGUAUUAAGGACGCCUGACAAUAGAGAAAAUUACAGUUCUUAACGCCGAGGACAAGCACGCAAUAUUUCAUUACCACACAACCGAUGGCUGAGUGAGACGCGCCGCAGAAGAUGUGACCAAAAUGGCCGCUUGACUUUUAAACAAAAUGGCCGAUUUAAACAAAUUUUGGGAUCGCAGAAAGUUGAAGAGCGCGCGAUGACGUCACGAAGAUCCUUCGACUGUAUAAAGUAACUUUUUUAAUUUAGGGCUGAUAGACUUAGGGCUUGUUUGAGUGUGCUCUCCGUCGCGAGUGUAUAUUUUUAUUAUUUUUUGCGCGUCUAUUUUUUUUAAGGGAUUUUUGUGUUCGUUUCGGUGUUAAAGCAAUAUUAGAUAAGGUAACGCUUGUUUAAUUCGUUUUGUAAAUAAAAAUUUAGCGUUCACAUGUGUUAGUGCUAGGAACGAUUGUAAAAUCACGCGUAGUUCGGAAAAAAACGGGUAUAAAAUAACGCUGUAAAUAUAAAUAAAACUGUUAGUUAAAAUAAUAUUCCGUUCCUAUAGGCAAUAAAUUAAUUUUCACCUCUGAAUUUCAACGGGGCCAAAACAAUCAAUUCUAAUCGGGUAGAUAGUUCAAAUUCAAAAAGCUGGCGUCGCCAAGGAGAAAGAAAUCCAAGAUGGCGGCGGUAAAUGUAACGGCUCUCGUUGCGAAAACCACCGUUCCGACGGACCUGAACGGCACAUUCUUCAACUCGACCUAUUUGGUCGCGACGGGGAUCAGCCAAGAAGACUUCCUGGCGCUACAGAUGUCAAACGCGACAGAGAACGCGACGUCAAACGAGUCCCUCGGCCAUGUGGUGUUGCAGAACUGGUACCCAAGUGGCUACAGUCCGUUUCACAUAAUUUUAGCAUCAGUGGUUGUGACAGUGUUGAUGAUAAUGGUGGUGGUAGGGAAUAUGCUAGUUAUUAUAGCGAUAGUGACAGAGAAAGCGUUGAAGAACAUACAGAAUUGGUUUAUCGCGUCUUUGGCUGUGUCGGACUUUUUUCUGGGACUGAUAAUAAUGCCGUUUUCGUUGGCGAACGAGCUGAUGGGGUACUGGAUCUUCGGGUUCUGGUGGUGCGAGAUCCACUCUGCCAUGGAUGUGUUGUUGUGCACGGCGUCCAUCAUGAAUUUGUGCCUCAUCUCGCUGGAUCGCUACUGGAGUAUCACACAGGCGGUCGACUACCUAAAGACGCGGACGCCAGCACGCGCUGCCCUCAUGAUAGCGGCUGUCUGGCUAAUGUCCGCUUUGGUCUGCAUCCCCCCACUCCUGGGCUGGCGGGUCACCAGGCCGCCGCAGCAGUUUCCACAGUGCAAGGUGUCAGAAGACAUGGGCUACGUGAUAUACUCGGCGUUGGGCAGCUUCUACAUACCCUCCUGCAUCAUGGUGUUCGUGUAUAUACGGAUAUACUACGCUGCGAAGGCCAGAGCGAGACGAGGGAUCAGGAAAAACCCGAGGCCUAGACCGAACGAACAGCAGACGAGCUUCAGCAACCCGCCGAAGGGCACGCGGCCCAUGCCGGCCACGCCCUCCAUCCCCAUGCCACAGGGCUUGGAUAGUAAUUCUAAUAAUAGAGUAAGUCAAAUAUCUACGAUAGAGGCACAGCAAGUGCAGAUACCCACGGUGACGUGCGACCUCGCCAGCGACAUCUCCACGAGCGAGGCGGGCGACAUGCUACCGCAACAAGAAGAGAGAAAAGACACACUGAAGGUGGUAACAUCAGCGCAAGUGACCCGCAAUCCGCUCGCAGCGUGCCAGCUCCGCAGCUCCACGCUCAGCGUGAACGGUGAGCCGCGCGAGCGCUGCCAAGCGCCCAGCGUCGCCAUCGACACCGACAUGGUCUCUGAAUUCGACCCUUCUUCUUCAGAUUCCGGCGUCAUCUCCCGCUGCGCCGGCGUCAAACCCCUCAAGUUCAGAAUCUGCCAGCCCAUCUUCGGAAAGAAAGCCGAGAGCUCGAGAAGACAGGAGAAGAAACAAGCGAAGAGCGAGUGCGAACCGGCGCUCCCCAAGCCGCAUAAACCUAGAGAUCCUGAAAGGGAAAAACGGAGGUUAGCUAGGAAAAAAGAAAAACGAGCGACCUUAAUUCUAGGUUUAAUCAUGGGAAGCUUCAUAGCAUGCUGGCUUCCAUUCUUCUUCUUAUACAUCUUAAAAGCGGCCUGCAGAGCAUGCGAAAUUCCAGGAAUCUGUUUCGCUGUAGCCUUCUGGCUGGGAUACAUGAAUUCUGUAUUAAAUCCUGUGAUUUACACCAUUUUUAAUAAGGAUUUCAGAAGGGCGUUUAGGAGGAUACUGUUUAAGUGAUGUUUGGCCUACCUGUGCUGCUACAGAUGCGUGGCUAAUCGCAUCAUGAUGGCGCAACAGCGGGCAGCACCGGGGCUUUACAAUGUACGUUAACGCCAUAACCAUGGACAGUCUCAUGUGAUAACAGUGAAA